AUGGCUGCGAUUUAUCGAGCAGUGCACAGAAGAGCCUCCUCUCUCUUCUGCAGGUUACGCUCUACCUAUGUUAGAAAAAUGAGAUACUUAAAUGAGCUAAAAGAAGACGACAGCCUUUGUAGACAAGCUCAGACCUCAGGAACUUUCUACCUCUUUCACAAUCUCUCCCCCUUCCUGCAGAAAGUUGAGAAGAAAUACUUGGUACCGCAGCUCAGUGCGGCAGAAAUGAAAAGGAUCCUGGAGAAGUUCAAAGAGACUGAACAGUGGAUAGAGAAGUCGGUGCUGAUCGGUUGUUCAGACGAGCACGUACCACGCUUUGCCCUGGAUUUAGGAGCCUUGGAGAAAUCAGUCAUUGAGUCUGAACUCAAGGGAUCAUUUACUGACUUAGAAAAGGCUCUCUUCAUAGUGGAUGGGAAGGAUUCUCCUUUGUUGGCUUCGGCCCAGUCCCUUCUCCGGUGGCACGAUUCCCACCAGUACUGUAGCAAAACUGGGCAGCCCACUCAGAAGAACGUCGCUGGCAGCAAGCGCAUCUGCCGUGCCAGCGGAAUAACUUACUAUCCACAGAUGUCUCCAGUGGUUAUCACCUUGGUGUCUGAUGGGAGCCGGUGCCUCCUCGCACGACAGCCCUCGUUUCCCCAGGGGAUGUACACCGCUCUGUCGGGCUUCUGCGACGUGGGUGAAACCGUGGAGGAGACAGUCCGGCGAGAGGUGGCGGAAGAGGUGGGCCUGGAGGUGGAGUCACUCAGGUACUCAGCUUCUCAGCACUGGCCCUUUCCCAGCAGCUGCUUAAUGAUAGCUUGUCACGCGUCGGUGAGAGCCCAGCAGGCUGAGAUCAGUACGGACAGUCUGGAACUAGAGGAAGCCCGUUGGUUUGGCCUGGAGGAAAUCGUGGAGGGUCUCAAGAGAGAGCCCAGAUCUUCAAAGCAAGAUGAUGGUAGUUUUUUACCCUGGUUCCCUCCCAAACAGGCUGUUGCUCACCAGCUGAUUUGUGAGUGGGUUAAGCAGCAGACCUCCCAGCCGGCUUAG